AUGCAGCUAGAAACCAUGGAAAGAAGAGUAGGAGAUAAGGAAGAUUUACAAAAUAUAAGGGUUUUACAACGUAAUUUAGUCUAUGCCGUAGGAAUUCCGGCUGAGUUCGCCCGAGAAGAAAUUCUUUGCUCUCGGAGUCUUUUUGGCGGCUUUGGUGAGAUAGUUAAAGUAGUUUUAAGUCGGCGAUUAAGUAAUAGUGGUGGUAAUAGUAAUAGUAAUAGUAGUAAUAGUAGUGGUAGUAGUAGUAGUAGUAGUGGUAAUCGGGUGAGUAGUAAUAGUAGUAGUAAUCGGGUGGGUGGUAGUAAAGAGGAGAUGUUUAGUGCUUAUAUUACGUACUUAAAGGAAGAGUGUGCGGCUGAGGCUAUUAGGGAGAUGGAUAGUUUUAGGUUAGGAGAUAGAAUUGUGCGAUGUACGUUUGGGACUACUAAGUAUUGCUCCUUUUUCUUACGAGGGAUUAAGUGUAGUAAUGAUGGAUGUUUGUACUUGCAUGAGAAAGGGCGGGUGGAAGAUUCAUUUGCUCGGGAUCAGAUGUCGGUGCUGAAAACGAAGAUUGAGAAGAUUAUUGAGGUGAAAGGGAAAGGGAAGGAUAGUAUGGGUGGAGUUGGUAGUAGUAGUAUGGGUGAGAGUAGUAGUGGAGUAGUUGGUGGUAGUGGGUUGAGUAGUGGUAGUGGUAGUGGUGGGUUGGAAGAGAUUGAGGAGUUAUCGGAGUUGUUCUUAUUUAAACCAGAUAGAGUAGUGCGUCAGAGACAUUAUGAAAGCUGUCAUUUUAAUCCCUUCUAUCGCCGGGGCCGAGAAGAGGCGUAUGAGCAGAAGGUUAAAAGUAUCUGUGCCGAGAAGUAA